GCGAAUCGUUGCUUGUCACGGUUUAGCCACAGGUCUAAUUUUCGUUUCUGAAUUUUAUUUGGAAAAACCUGGAAAAAUUUGAUAAAUUGAAGUGCCGUCGUUGAAACCUGCAAAAUGCCGAAGAACAAAGGUAAAGGAGGUAAAAAUCGUAGGAGGGGAAAGAAUGAAAACGAAACAGAAAAACGUGAGUUGGUGUUCAAAGAGGACGGUCAAGAGUAUGCACAAGUCACCAAAAUGUUGGGAAAUGGUAGAUUGGAAGCUAUGUGUUUUGAUGGAGUCAAGAGGUUAUGUCAUAUAAGAGGAAAGCUUAGAAAGAAGGUGUGGAUUAAUCAAGGGGACAUCAUCCUCAUAGGUCUGAGAGAUUACCAGGAUGCCAAAGCAGAUGUGAUUCUCAAGUACACACCAGAUGAGGCUCGUAACCUCAAGACCUAUGGGGAGUUCCCUGAAUCAGUUAGGAUCAAUGAAACAGUCACUUUUGUUGAGGAGGGCUUUGAUGAGGACAUUGAGUUUGGGGAUGAUGUCAGCUCUGCAGAUGAGGCUGAUAUGGUGGAUGGCAUCUGAUGAUGGAACAAUUCUUAGGACCCCUAUUAUGAAAAUAUUGAAAUAAUAGAUUAGCUAGGGAUGUUAUAUAAUUAUUAUUGUGGAUCUAAGGAUGCUAUACCUCACCUACAAUUUGUUUACAAGAUAUUGAAACAUUGUUAUAUUUCUCUAUUUUUUUUAUAGUUUAGUCCUCUGGUAUAUUGAUUUAAAAGAGAAAGGCAACAAAAAAAUUGUAAAAACUUUAAUAAACCAUUGU